CUCCUCUGGUCACCUUGUCUUUAUGUCCCUCCUUUAACCAGACAGAGGACGGGGGGCGGAGCCUCCAGGACUGUAAGCCAAGACGGAGCCAGCAGCUGGUAGCAGCACCAAGAAGAACCAGGUGAAGCCAGAGGGAGAAAGUGACUCCGACUAAUAGGCUGGGGCCUGUUUCUGAAGGCGUCCAGAGAGAGAAGGUUUGGGAGAAAAACAAAGCCAGAUGUGAACGUUGUUCUGUGUCGGAUCUGCUGCCUUGAGGGGAGAUAAUACAGCGACGCCUCAUCAUGGUGGACCUGUUUGCUGACCGGGUUCUUGUGAAGAACAACAAGGACCAGGACGAGCUGGACACGGAGCGCGAGAUCAUCACGCGUCUGCAGAACCGAAUCCUGAUGCUCUUCUUUGCCUCUGCUGAAUCCGACACCUGCCAGCGGUUCGCUCCCACGCUUCACGACUUCUUCAAACAGCUGACCGAUGAGUUCUACGUGGAGCGCUCCGCUCAGCUGGUGCUGCUCUACGUCAGUCUGGAUCAGUCAGUGGAGCAGCUAGAAAACUUCCUGAAAGAGCUCCCAAAGAAGUCCCUGUUCCUGGCCUACGAGGAUCCUUACAGAAGGGAGCUGGAGACCAUGUUCGACGUGAGAGAGGUUCCCACCGUGGUGGUCCUGCGUCCCGACUGCUCCAUCCUCAUCCCCAACGCGGUGGAGGAGAUAACCCGCCUGGGUCCGGACUGCUACCGCAACUGGCACGAGGCGGCCGAGCUCAUCGACAGAAACUUCCUCACCAAGGAGGACUUUGAGGACAAGUCCAUGCGCAGCUUCACCGACCCCGUCAGACGACUCAAGUACAAGGUGGAGGACGAGAAGAAGAAGAAGAAGGAGGAGGAGAAGAAGAAAAAGAAGCAGCGGCGAGGCUGGGGCGUAGGAGGCGACGAGGGCGAGGAAGCCGGAGCAGACGAUAGGGACGGUGGAGGGUCGAUGUGGUGAUGGAGAGAACGAUGCUGUGAAUUUGUCCCAAAGUUGCUGCUUUAUUCGAGUUUGGAAGCUUUUUUUUUUCUACCCUUGUAAGAGUUUUGUUGUAUGGCAAAUUUCAUAAUAAAUAUGUUGUUUAUGGCAUU